AUGGCGGCGCUCCAAGAAAUCGCGCGGGAAAAUGUCGACGCGUGCGCUGGCGACUCAAUGAGCGCGGUGGGCUCAUUCAGCGAACCAUCGUGGCGGCCGACAUUUGACCGCAUCCAUCGUCUGUCGGCGCGUUGGUUUAGUCUUAUUAAUGCAGACCGAGGCGCUUUAAUUAAACACCGAAGCUUAAUAGCUACGGUGUCGAUGCCAGCGGACUGCGACACAUGCGUGGUGCAACGCUGGCAACGCUACGCUAUCGAU